CGGACUGACAACUCAUGGGGCCCCCGGGCAAUAGGGGAUCAUGGGGCCCCUGUGUCCUUGCCCAAACUCAAAAAAGCCUAUGAAAAAGGUACCAGGGGCAUCUCAUGGGGCCCCCUACUGACCCCGGGCCCUCGGGCAGUGCCCGAGGGCCCCAUGAGUUGUCAGUCCGCCCCUGCAUCAGACUCACCUUUUAUAUCAAAGUUCAUACCAAAUUCCCCUCUUAUAUCAGAGGGCCAUAUAAAAUCUUGCAGCAGGCUGGAUUUGGCCUGUGGGCCACAA